CAAGAACCAAUUGAUCUCAACAUGGCAGGUGCAGCAAGGCGAUCGGGACUACAGCAAGACGUAAUCAACUUGUAUCGAUCUUGUUUCAGAGCUGCUCGACAAAAGCCUUUGGAGAAUCGUCCGCAUUUUUAUACAUUCAUACGCCAACAAUUCCGUCAGCAUAAUUUGAGGAAGAACGAUUUUUCAACCAUAGAAUAUAUGCUACGAAGAGGAAAGCGUCAGCUAGAAACUUAUAGCUCUUCUAGUAUACAAGACGUUCACCUCUGAUACCUCUCUUUUGCAAUUGUACUGUAAAUAUCGACUCAACGUCAAAGAAUGAUUUCAAUUAAAGUAGCUACACAUUCGUUCUACAUUAUUUAUUCUAUUUCUUGUCUUCAGCUUUGGUUUCAGGAGCUGGGGGCUGCUGAGAUUGUUUAUAGUUCAUAGCCGUCACCUCGGUGCAAAAGUAGAGUUCCUUCAAUGCUUGAAUACACUUCUCAGGCUCAUUGGAAUUUUCUUGCAAACAGGUGUCGUAUAGUUUAAUUUGGGGUGUGCAGUGUUGCUUAACGUACUUGAGGAUACCAACG